GGGAAGAAAAAAGAAAAAAAGAAAAAAAGAAAAAAGAUAGCCCUAUCUAUGUGUUUUUUUUCCCAGAAAAUCAUCGGAACACGUUCACGUUCUCCUGUCUCAUCUCAUCAGAAAUGGCCGCUAGUAUUUGUUGCUCCCUCUUCUUCGAUCCCCGAACUCACCAUCACCGCCACCACUCUUUUCACCAUAUUCCCUACUUCAACUACCCUCAAGAUUCAACCUUUACCCCAAAACCCACUCGCCCUUUUGCCAUCUCCUCCAAUUUCAGCUCUCCCAAUCUCAUCUCACCUCUACUCUCAACCUCCAACUCUUCCUCUUCCUCUUCCUCUUCCUCAACCACACCGCCGCUAUCCCUUCAAAACCCUCUCCCAACAGCCCGGUUUCUCGCCAAUGAAGACCUCGAGAAGCUCCAGUUCCUCGACAACUACUCGUAUUCUCAAGAAUUGGAGUCUGGGUCGCUCUGGGUGAGCGUGAUGAGGCAAGAGGAGAUGGACAUGACAGUGAGGUUGUUGGCAGAGUCGUUUGCGGAGUCCAUGAUGAUAUCCUUGGGGUAUUUGAAGCUCUUGGAGUUUUUUGUGAAGCAGUAUUUGAUUGAGAGGAGAAGCUUGAUGCCUCACACAGCAACACUUGUUGGAUUCUACAGAGAAAAUGGGGAUGGGGAGGGAGAGUUGAUGCUGGCUGGGACUGUGGAGGUGUGUUUUGACAGAAGGGGUGCUAAUGAUAGUCCUCACACACCUACUGCUCCCAAGAAUGCACCUUACAUAUCCAAUAUGGCUGUCAGGCAAUCUUUGAGGAGGAGGGGCAUAGGUUGGCACCUGUUGAAAGCAAGCGAGGAACUAAUUUCUAAAAUGAGUGCCUCGAAAACGGUCUACUUGCACUGUCGAAUGAUCGAUGCAGGACCAUACAACAUGUAUACCAAGGCAGGUUAUAGCAUUGUAAAGACCGAUAGUAUCUUGGUCCUGCUCACGUUGCAGAGGCGUAAACACUUGAUGUGCAAAUAUCUUCAAGACAUCGAAAGCCCCUCGGAAGUUGAAACACCCGUAGACCAACUCACACUAUGAAUCUUCAUGUGAAAACAGAAACAAGCGAUGGGGUGGGUAACAGAUGGAUUCAAGUCAUCAAUUUAUCGACAUUACUCGGGUUUAUAUAUCCCUGAAAGGAAGCAUGCAAUUUGAUUGGUAAUACACUAACACUUGCAGAACCUGCAUACAAUUCUGAAAAUCAGAAAUAUGAAUCUGAAACUAGAGAUGAUAGCAUUGCGAAAUAUAAAGGUGAAAGCAAAAAAUCGAGAAGCAGAGAAGUAUACGAGGAUCGAUCUUGAUCCUCAGAGUUGCAUCUCUGCUGCUUGUUCCGCACUGUGACUACCAAAAUGAACGACGACGACGACUCUCCUUAUGAGUACUCCAAAUGCCUGUUUUUGAGACCUUUGAUCAUAUUCUGGAACUGAAGUCCUGUUUAGUGAGAGAAGUCGAGUUGAAAUAGAAUCAGAAUUCCAAAUUUCUGUUAAAUCAUGAUUCCUAAGAAAUCUCUAUUGUAUUUCAUGCCAUUUUUUUUCCCUUUACUAAAAGGUUGGAAUUAGAGAUUAUGAUGUGUGUAAGCACUUGAAUGAUACCAAUGUUUUAUGCCAAGACAUUCUUGAGUUUUCUAGUUUCUAUUGUGUUCAGGGCUUCCCAUUUGGUUGAAGCAACUCUUUUGGUGACUUUUCCAUGUCUGCCAUCUGACUUGUAAACAAUGAUUUUAAGGUUGUUUCAUAUUCAUAAA